GUUCCUCUCUGGAGCGCCGCUUGUCCCGCUCUACUUGUAGGCUUGUGGAUGACAUGAAUGACAAACAGGACAGGCCUUAUGUGUGUGGCGCCCCAGGCUGCUCUCAGCGCUUCCAGUUAGAGGAGCACCUGAUCAUCCACAGACACAAGCAUGAGAUGACCCUCAAGUUCCCCGCCAUCAAAACGGACACAGCUUUUACAGACCAGACACCGACACCAACCCGAUUUUUACAGAACUGUGAAGAGGUUGGUCUGUUCAAGGAGAUAGAGGAAGAGUUUCUUCAAGCACAAGAAGAGGAAAAGAGCAAACAGACGCUUACCCAUAAUGGGCCGCCCUGUAUGAACCAGCACCAGCUCAAACCCCAGCUUCAGCUCCAGCACCCACCCCAGCCUCAGCACCCACAUCCCCAGCCACCGCUGCACCAUCCCCAGACCCAUCCCCUGCAGCAUCCCCAGUCCCAUGGCCCGAUGGUGGGCCCAAGCUGCAGCCUGGCUGCCCAGCAAACUCUGCCCUCCUCCCAGUCUGGAUCAGUCAUCAACCAGGCUCCUUCCACGCUCACACACUCAGGCCCAGUUCCCGGGCCACUGUCCUCCCUCCUCCACAUGCGGAACAGACACAGACAACCGCUGCCAGCCUCUUUACCUGGCACCCUGCCAGACCCCGCCAUGCAAGGGGCAUCUGCUCAGCACAUGACUCUAGAGAAGCAGAUGUCUUGUCUAAUGGGUAUACCAGGUCCUGUACACAACCCCUCCUGUUCCUCGCCUCAGAGAUCCAAACAGACACUGGGCCAUCAUUUCCAACAGCAUCACCCAGGAAUGGUCGCCAUUAACAACCCUGUUUCAUCCAUGGGUCAUAUGAUGGAGAUGAUGUCACAGCGCCACCAGGCACCUCCACUACAACACCACCAUCAUCCUCAUCACCAUCCUCAUCAUCCACAGCUUCCGGCUCCACCCCUCCCCUUCCAACAGCGAUGUCAUGCCCCUCCUCCACAGCACCUGGGAAGCUCGCACAGCCACCAGCUUCACCAGUCAGGGAAUGUACCGCACACUCAGGCUCACCAAUCACCGCCUUCACACCUGCACCAGGCCUCACCUCCUGCACCUCCACUGCCUGUUCCAGCACAGUUAUCACCAGUUGCACAACAAAUGCAGCCCUCGCAACCUUCUCAUUCCCAGCAUGCAGUGCAGGCAGGUGGUAGCUGCAGUGGUGGUGGGACAGGAGGAGGAGGCAGCAACCGCCGCAGGAGGACGGCAGAGCAGGACCCUGACGAACGCAGGCAGAAGUUUCUGGAACGUAAUCGGGCUGCAGCCACCCGCUGCCGACAGAAGAGAAAGCUGUGGGUGUCGUCGCUGGAGAAGAAAGCUGAGGAGCUGACGCACACAAACCUGCAGCUGCAGAACGAGGUGACGUCAUUGAGGUCGGAGGUGGGUCAGCUGAAGCAGAUUCUGCUCACCCACAAGGACUGUCCUGUCACCGCCCGGCAGAGAGAGGCACAGGGGUACCCCACUGCAGGGGUGAGCCCAGGAGGAAGUCCCACCCCUGUAGGUCCUGGGUCUCAUCUGCAGGCCAUCCAACACAACAGCAUCUCCACCUCCUCAACAGCUGCAGGCGACACAAGCCACGACCCCCAGCCUGGACGCUAGCUCUCAUCAUGUAGAGGAGGGGCUGGGACUGAAUGGCUGAAUCCAACCAGACUGAAAUAUCUUUAUGUCAUAACUACACUAAAGUCUCACCAA